UGCAUCACACAAAAUAAAUAAAUAUAGCUAUAAUUUACUUUCAAAUAUUCUCUACAAUAAAAAGCCUGAGUGGUUUUAUUGCGAAUGUGAGAACACAGUUUUGGUGCUAAGAUCAGAUUUUGAUGUGAAUGAACCGAUGAAGUCUGGAUCCUUUGGCCCACAUAAACUGUACGUUACUACAUGGUCAGCUGACGAGUUUAGCAGAGGCAGAUCCCUGCUAACCUUCAGCACUAUCUGCUGAUGACUGAGGGAUUGUUUGGAUUCAACCCUUUGUCUCAGGGAUCUCCCUCUUGCAGUCUGCUCAUCCGACUAAGAUUGGGGGGGGAGGGGAUUAUUAAUUUUUUACCUGCAUUUGAAUGUGUCUAUCUCUGCUUUCCCCAUUUAUCCUUGAUGCGUUUCUUUCUUUGGGAUAUAAAGCAGAUGGAAAAAGUAACCUGUUUGUAAAUUUUUGGGGGUAGAAAUUUUGGUUUCUUGCUGRAGAAUUUGGCGGGAGCUCCUUCCGAGCUUUGUUGGACCCAGAAGGAGCCACAUCACUGAGCUGAAGAGGGAAGAGAAGGAACUAUCAUGGGUGUGCAAGAAGACGUGGAAAAGUUCCUUAAAGAGAAUCCUGAGUUUGCUCGAAUGUACUUUGCCAAAAAGCUGAGCCCGUCUUCCAUAUCCAAGGCGUCAGGACUCCAGGAGAAGAUCAUCGACUUUGGCCACUUUCAAGAACUAAGUCAGGUUGAAGAAAGCCAAAUAAUGUAUGACCUGAUCAAAGACAUGCAAGAGAACGUCAACAUGGAAAAAGUGGUCUUCAAAAUCCUGAAGCGACUCAGCGCCAUGAUCCACGCUGACCGCUGCAGCCUCUUCAUGUACCGGCAGCGGAACGGCAUCGGAGAGCUCGCCACCAGGCUCUUCAACGUCCACAAGGACUCAAUGCUGGAGGACUGCGUGGUGCCGCCGGACUCCGAGAUCGUCUAUCCGCUGGACCUGGGAAUAGUUGGCAAUGUGGCGCUCACUAAGAAGACGGUUAACAUCAAAAAUGUCAAAGAGAGCCAGCACUUUAGUUCAUUUGUAGAUGAACUUACAGAAUACCAGACCAGGAACGUUCUGGCUACACCUAUCCUCAACGGCAAAGACAUGGUGGCAGUGAUCAUGGCUCUGAACAAAACCACAGGACCACAUUUCACUGCAGAGGAUGAAGAUCUUUUCUUAAAAUAUCUAAAAAUUGCCAGUCUGAACCUAAAGAUCUUCCACUUGAGUUACCUUCACAACUGUGAGACACGUAAAGGACAGCUGCUGCUGUGGUCUGCUAACAAGGUUUUUGAAGAGCUGACGGACAUUGAGCGACAGUUUCACAAAGCCUUGUAUACGGUCCGAGCCUACCUCAACUGUGACCGCUACUCUGUGGGUUUACUAGACAUGACAAAAGAAAAGGAGUUCUUUGACAUCUGGCCUGUUUUGAUGGGAGAGCAGGCACCUUACUCUGGCCCUGUAACUCCUGACGGCAGGGAGGUAAUUUUUUACAAAGUGAUUGACUACAUCUUGCAUGGAAAAGAAGACAUCAAAGUAAUACCAAACCCACCUGCAGAUCAUUGGGCCUUGAGCAGCGGCCUGCCCACUUAUGUGGCUGAGAGCGGUUUUAUUUGUAACAUUAUGAACGCAGCUGCAGAUGAGACGUUUCACUUUCAGACGGAGGCGCUGGACGACAGCGGCUGGACCAUAAAAAAUGUUCUGUCACUCCCAAUUGUCAACAAGAAAGAAGAAAUAGUUGGUGUGGCAACGUUUUACAACAGGAAAGAUGGAAAACCUUUUGAUGAUCAUGACGAGCARCUCAUGGAGGCUUUGACUCAGUUCCUGGGAUGGUCAGCUCUGAACACGGACACGUACGACAAGAUGAACAAGCUGGAGAACCGGAAAGACAUCGCUCAAAACAUGGUUCUCUAUCACGUCAAAUGUCGGGAYGAUGAGAUUCAGAAUAUUCUGAACACAAGAGAUGUCUAUGACUGUGAACCCCAAGAGUGUGAAGAGGAGGAGCUUCUCGAUAUUCUGAAAAAAGACCUGCCUCCACUGAUCAAGAAAUUCGAGAUCUACGAGUUCCGCUUUUCAGAUUUCAACUGCACAGAGAUGGAGCUGGUGAAGUGCGGGAUCCAGAUGUACUACGAAGUCGGCGUGGUCAAGAAGUUCCAGAUCCCUCAGGAGGUGCUGGUUCGUUUUAUGUACUCGAUCAGUAAAGGCUACAGAAGAAUCACUUACCACAACUGGCGUCACGGGUUCAACGUGGGACAGACCAUGUUCACACUACUAACAACAGGACAUCUAAAGAGAUACUACACUGACCUGGAGGUGAUGGCUAUGAUUACUGCUGGUUUCCUGCAUGAUAUUGACCACAGGGGGACAAACAACUUGUACCAGGUCAAGUCUGGUAACCCUCUGGCCAAGUUGCACGGUUCCUCCAUCCUGGAACGACACCAUCUAGAGUUUGGAAAGUUCCUUCUGGCUGAUGAGUCACUGAACAUCUACCAGAACCUCAACAGGAGGCAGGUAGAUCAUGUGAUUCAUCUCACGGACAUUGCCAUCAUUGCUACUGAUCUGGCUCUUUAUUUCAAAAAGAGAACCAUGUUCCAGAAAAUUGUGGACCUUCGACAUACAUAUGAAGAUGAGAAAAAAUGGGUGGACUUCAUGUCCUUAGAAACAACCAGAAAAGAGAUUGUCAUGGCCAUGAUGAUGACGGCGUGUGACUUGUCUGCUAUCACAAAGCCCUGGGAAGUGCAGAGCAAGGUUGCCUUGUCUGUGGCUGCAGAGUUUUGGGAGCAGGGUGAUUUGGAAAAGACAGUACUGGAACAACAACCCAUUCCUAUGAUGGAUAGAACCAAAGCAGCAGAGCUUCCUAAGCUACAGUGUGGUUUUAUCGACUUUGUCUGCAUGUUCGUCUACAAGGAGUUUUCUCGCUUCCAUCCACAAAUCCAACCUAUGCUGGAYGGUAUUAUUAACAACAGGAAGGAGUGGAAUGCUAAAAAAGAGGAGUACGAGGCUAAGCUGAAAGCCAUAGAGGACGCGAAGGCUGCUAAAGAAGCGGCAGGACAAGGCAAAGCUGCUGCAAACAACCCCGGUGGUGGAGGCUCCAAGACCUGCUCUGUGUGCUAAUGGAGCAAAGACUUGUAAGCUACAAAGAAGCGGGUGCUCCACGUGGAGGGACUGAACAGUCUGAGAAUCACAGUCAGAACAAGACUUACCGUCAAAUAUUUAAAUAUCCGAAAUAUGGACUACGGGUUAAUCCAGAGCCUGAAAAACAAUAAAAGCUACAAUAAAAAAUGAAGGAGUUGUUCAUCAAAAAGAAAAUUCAUCUUUUUUAAUCAAAAGAAGUUGAGACUAAAUAUUGGUUUAAUUAAAGGAAGAUAAAGAUUCAUUCUUSUGUUUUA